AUGGAGAAGGAAGCUAUGGCGGGGCAUGUGAUGGUGCCAUUGCAGAGCUUGAGCCUGGAGCUCCCGGAUGGGGAAAGUGUAGUGGGCUACAACAAGGACACCUCAGCUCUGCAAGAGGAGAUUUUGACUCUGCAAUCAAGGCAGCGACAUCUUGACAGGAGAAGGCGGGAGGCGCUCGACAAGCUCAUUGACCUGAAAGGAAGUAUUAGGGUCUUCUGUCGAGUACCGCUGCUGGUCCAAACGAACAACUUGAAUGCCAAAUCACCAGUUACUGUUGAACAAGAGAAGAUUGCAGUCAAGUCAGUUGGGAUCAAGAAAGAGUUCAGUGUGGAUAGGGUUUUUGGUCAGGAGUCCACACAAGGAUGUUUUCAAGAAGUAAAACCGAUCCUCAGAUCUGCACUUGACGGACACAAUGUCUGCAUCCUCGCUUAUGGCCAGACUGGGACAGGAAAAACCUACACAAUGGAAGGAACUGACGGUAAACUAGGUAUUGUGCCUCGAGCUAUCCAAGAACUGUUUUCUCAUGCUUCAGAAGACAGUUCAUCCACAUACUCUUUCUCCAUAAGCAUGCUUGAGGUCUACUUGGGGAGUCUCAAGGACUUGUUGGCACCAAGGCAGCCUCUCUUCAGGUCAACAGAAUGUAACACAGCAUGUAAUCUCAGCAUACUAGCAACAAAAAGUGGUGCUGUGGAAGUUGAGGGCUGA